AUGACACUGCCGAAACUGCCGGAUCUUCCGACGUCAAUUCCGCAGCCUCACAGCAGCAAUGCCGCGGACUUCAAUGGCCCCGGCGACAGCGACGGUGCCGGGGAUAGCGGCGUGGACGAACCAACGGAGCAGGGACAGCCGGGGCAGGCGCAACUAGCGCAUGCGCAAGCGCAAUUGACGCAGCCAACGACGGGGGCUCAGGAGCAGGCGGCUUCCGAACGAGCGGACGGGCAGGAGCAGGAGCAGCAGCCGCAAUUGGAGCAGCAGGAGCAGCAGUCGCUGAAGCGGCGGACUAAGAAGCUUCCGUGCCCGCGGUGCGCGAGUAUGGAUACUAAGUUCUGCUACUACAACAACUACAACGCGUCGCAACCGCGCCAUUUCUGCAAAGGCUGCCAGCGCUACUGGACCGCAGGCGGAACGCUCCGCAACGUCCCCGUCGGCUCCGGCCGCCGGAAGGGCAAGAUUCCCGCGGGCGCCGCCGCCGCCGCCGUUGCCAGCUCCCCGGGGAAUCAGCAGCCCGCAGCCGGUCUACUGCCGGCCGGUGGGGCUGUUGCCGGGCCGUUCGGCUUCUGCCCGUCAGCUGGUCGCAGCUGCAGCCCAGACGGCAGCAGCGUCACUGGAUUGACCGGAUUGACCGGGUUGGCGAGUCCGGGGACAGAAGUGCUGAGUAUGAGCUCCCCCGCCGCCGCCGCCGCCGCGGCCGCCGCAAUGGCCGCCGCAGCCAUGGCGGGGUCUUCACGAUGGGGCAUGGAUCCCGCUGUCGCUGCGACGGACGCGGGUUCGAAUCCGUUCGCUGCCGCCUUACCACACGGCCAGUUUGUGCCGUCUAAUCUGCCGGCGCAUCUGCCGGCGCACCUGCCUCCGCACAUGGCGGUCGACAGCAGCGCUGCUCUCCGCCAAAUGGGUCUUCCCUCCGCCUUUUCCGCCCCCGCCGGCGCAACUUUCGCCGCGCCGCCUCCCGCGCUCGGCGCGCAGGCUCCAGGUGGGAUGGCGGGAAACCCAGCGGGUUUGGCGGCGCUUUAUCCGUGGAGAUUCGGUGGAGUUCCCUUCCCGGCGGGCCAGGCUCCCGCCGAAGCUCCGCUUUCUCUCCCCGGGCUCCCCAACUUAUCUGCGCCUUCCGCGUUCGGCGGUUUGGCGCGCGGAAGCCCGUCCGCCUUCUGCCCCUCCACAACAGCUGCGCCGAGUAGCGCUCCUGGCGCGAGCGCGAGCGUGAGCGCAGGCCCUUCCGCGCACGCCCCGUUCCCCAUCUCCGCGCCCGUACCUUCCGCCUGGUCCCCGUACAUGGGCGCAUAUCCCCCUGGAUUCGCCCCUCUUCACCCAAUGUCCGCGCAGCACCUGCCUGGUGCUUCCCCCUUCGCUCCCCCCUUCAACGUGCCUGCGUUUCCGCCUGGCGCGCUUGCGCCCUGGUCCUCUGCGGGGUUCGGCCAUGCCCCUCUCCCCCACCCCUCGCAGCUUCCGCCACACCCGCCCAUGGAUCUUUCCCGCCCAUCGGAAACGAUUUUCCCCGCGUCCGCGCAGGGGUUGAGCGGGAAGAGGGGGAGGGAGGGCGAGGGGAAUGCAAGUGGGGGCGAUGGCGCCGUGGAUUUCUUGAACAAGCGGCAACGAGAGUGCUAA